AUGGAAAAUCUAAGAGGUAAUAUGAAUGAAGACACUUGUAAAAGUGAAGGCCAGUUAUCAAGGCAUACACAAAGCCCUACACAGAAGAAAUCCUCUUUUGAGAAAACAGAGAUAAAAACAAUGUCAGUGACCCUUAAGGAAAUUUCUCCUGGAGAGAGAGGUCCUGAAUCCAAUGAAUUUAGUCUGAACUCCAACCUUGAUACACAACAAAAAAUCUCAAAGGGAGACAGAUCACCCACAUUUAGGAAAAACUCCAAAGAUAAUUCAGACUUAAAACAUCAGAAAUUCUGCCCACAAAAGAAACCUUGUAAAUUCAAUGGAUGUAGAAACGCCUUUAGAUAUGAGUCAGACCUUAUUAUACACAGUAGAAUUCAUGAUGGGGAAAAGCCUUUUGAAUGCAAAGAAUGUGGGAAAACCUUUAGUCGAAGUACACACCUUAUUGAACAUCAAAGAACUCACACUGGAGAGAAACCUUAUGAAUGCAGUGAAUGUGGAAAAGCUUUUAGCCGGAGUACACACCUUAGUCUGCAUCAAAGAAUCCAUACUGGAGAGAAACCUUAUAAAUGUAGUGAAUGUGGAAAAACCUUUAGUCGGAGCACUAACCUUAGUCAACAUCACAGAACUCAUACUCAAGAAAAACCCUACAAAUGUAAUGAAUGUGGGAAAUCCUUCAGUGACCGUUCAACCAUAAUUCAGCAUCAACGAAUACACACUGGAGAGAAUCCCUAUGAAUGCAGUGAAUGUGGAAAAACUUUCAGUUGGAUCUCAUCACUUAUUGAACAUCAGAGAACACACACUGGAGAGAACCCCUAUGAAUGCAGUAACUGUGGGAAAGUAUUCAGUAGAAGCUCAUCCCUUACUGAACAUCAGAGAAUCCACACUGGAGAAAAGCCCCAUAAAUGCAGAGAGUGUGGCAAGGGUUUCAGUCGGAGCUCAUCCCUUAUUAUUCAUCAGAGAACUCAUACUGGAGAGAAACCUUACAAAUGUAAUGACUGUGGGAAAGCCUUCAGCCAGAGUUCCACUCUAAUCAGACAUCAGCAACUUCACACUAAAGAGUAA